GUUGCCAAGGAGCUCGUCUCUAGGAGCCCAGUAGAACUCGGGUGCCUCCAAGGGGGUGGGGAAGUGGUUUCGGGAGGAGAAUUUGAGGUAACCUCGCCAACUCGCGGUCGGAAACUCCCCCGAACCCUGAACUAGGAGACAACUCCCGCCUUCUUUCUGUCCUGGGGCAGCAUCUUGCAAGUGGAGGGGUCGUAUCGGGGAAGCCUCCAAAUCGGGGUUCUGGCCACUGUUGGGCCUUGUCGGGAUCCAUGCUGCUCACCAGCGAGAUGAACGGUCAUAGGAGCCACCGCGAGGGACAUGGGCGGGGGGUUCCUUGUCCCCUCUCCCAAGCCGGGGGUUGAGGGACACUUUAUGGGACUCCCAGGAGGCUGCGGGUCAGCGCUGAAGCCAGCCUGGGACCAGGGCAGCGCGAUUUCUGUCCCAAAUUGUGCCAGAUAAAACGCACGUCCUGGUUUUAAUUCUUCCCUCAUCCCUUCCUGUUCUUAUGUGGUUUAACUUGUAAGACCUAAUUAUGAGUGAUCAAAUCAAAUUCAUUGUGGACAAUCUCAAUAAGGAGCCUUUUAGAAAGAACUAUAAUUUAAUCACAUUUGAUUCCUUGGAGCCAAUGCAACUAUUACAAGUUCUCAAUGAUGUUCUGGCUGAGAUUGACCCAAAGCAAGUUGUUGAUAUCAGAGAGGAGAUGCCAGAGCAGACAGCCAAGCGGAUGUUGAGUCUUCUUGGUAUCCUUAAGUACAAACCACCAGGAAAUGCCACAGACAUGAGUACCUUUCGUCAGGGUUUGGUGAUUGGAAGUAAACCUGUAAUUUACCCUGUGCUCCACUGGCUUCUUCAGAAGACUACUGAACUGAAGAAAAGAGCGUAUUUAGCUCGUUUUUUAAUAAAACUUGAGGUACCAAGUGAGUUUCUCCAGGAUGAAACUGUGGGAGACACCAAUAAACAGUACGAAGAGUUGAUGGAAGCCUUCAAAACUUUGCAUAAAGAAUGUGAGCAGCUCAAAACAUCUGGAUUUUCCACAGCAGAAAUAAGAAGGGAUAUCAGUGCAAUGGAAGAAGAAAAGGAUCAGCUGAUUAAGAGAGUUGAACGUUUGAAGAAAAGGGUGGAGACAGUUCAGAAUCAUCAACGGAUGCUUAAAAUAGCAAGGCAACUUCGAGUUGAAAAAGAGAGAGAAGAAUUUCUUGCACAACAGAAACAGGAACAAAAGAAUCAGCUAUUUCAUGCAGUGCAGAGAUUGCAAAGAGUACAAAACCAGCUGAAAAGUAUGCGCCAUGCUGCAGCAGAUGCAAAGCCUGAAAGUUUAAUGAAGAGGCUUGAGGAGGAGAUAAAAUUUAAUUCAUACAUGGUAACUGAAAAAUUUCCUAAAGAAUUAGAGACCAAGAAAAAGGAAUUGCACUUUUUACAAAAAGUGGUUUCAGAGCCAGCUAUGGGACAUUCUGAUCUUCUUGAACUUGAAUCUAAAAUAAGUGAAAUAAACACACAGAUCAAUCAGCUGAUUGAAAAGAAAAUGAUGAGAAAUGAGCCUAUUGAAAGCAAACUCUCAUUAUAUAGGCAACAGGCAUCUAUCAUUUCUCGUAAAAAAGAAGCCAAAGCUGAGGAACUUCAGGAGGCUAAGGAGAAGUUAACCAGUCUAGAGAAAGAAGUGUCAUUAAAGACAAGUCAGACCCGUGAAUUUGGUGGUAUUGAAGUUUUGAAGGGCGAUGAGUUCAAACGAUAUGUCAGUAAACUUCGAAGUAAGAGUACAGUUUUCAAAAAGAAGCAUCAGAUAAUAGCUGAAUUUAAAGCUGAAUUCGGUCUCUUACAGAGGACGGAAGAACUUCUGAAGCAACGUCAUGACAAUAUUCAACAUCAACUGCAAACUAUUGAGGAGAAAAAGGGUAUAUCUGGAUAUAGUUACACCCAAGAAGAGCUAGAAAGAGUAUCUGCACUGAAGAGUGAAGUUGAUGAAAUAAAAGGACGAACGCUGGAUGACAUGUCUGAAAUGGUAAAAAAACUGAAUUCACUGGUAUCUGAAAAGAAGUCAGCUCUAGCCCCAGUUAUAAAAGAACUACGACAGUUGCGUCAGAAAUGUCAAGAAUUAACCCAGGAGUGUGAUGAAAAGAAAUCUCAGUAUGAUAGCUGUGCGGCAGGCCUGGAAAGCAAUCGGUCCAAAUUAGAACAGGAAGUUAGAGGACUUCGUGAAGAAUGUCUUCAAGAAGAAAGUAGAUACCAUUAUACAAAUUGUAUGAUCAAGAACCUAGAAGUUCAACUUCGUCGAGCUAUUGAUGAGAUGAAGGUAUAUUUGUCUUCUGAUCAGCAAGAAAAGAGAAAGGCAAUUAGGGAACAGUAUACCAAAAAUAUUGCUGAACAAGAAAACCUUGGAAAGACACUUCGGGAAAAACAAAAAGCUGUACGAGAAAGUCAUGGUCCAAAUAUGAAACAAGCAAAAAUGUGGCGUGAUUUUGAACAAUUGAUGGAAUGUAAGAAACAGUGCUUUCUGAAACAACAAAGCCAAACUUCCAUUGGUCAGAUGUUGGACAUUCAUUUCUAUCAGGCUUUCCCUGAAUGGAAGCAAAGAGAACUUCACGUCCCUGCAGGUUGGGGAAAUGGAGAAGGUGGAAGUCUGCCUUCAAGACUGGACAGAAAUUUAUUGCAUUUCAUGGUGUAAAGAAUGGAUCCAGGCUAAUUCUUCUCCAUACAAAUAAUCUUCCAUUCCCAACAAUGUUUAUUGAACAGUGAUUUAUAAUUGUGUGACUUCAGCAAAUGGCUUACCCUCUCUGAAAAUCAGCUUUCAGUAUCUGGAAAAAUAGUAACAAUAAUGAUACCUACCAGAUAGACUUGUCCUUUGGAUGUAAUGAGACAACAUGUGAAAAGUUCCUAGCACAUUGUACGCAUGGCAAAUACAUCUCUAAUAAAUG